AUGGAGGAGUUCCUCGAGGACAUCGGGCUGGAGAGGUACGCGCCGCGGUUCGCCGAGAACGACGUUCACGCGAUCGAGGACCUUCCGACCAAGCCGUCGAAGCUCGAGACGGUUCUCGACAUCGUGGGCAUCACGGGCAACCCCGGGCACCUGAAGAAGUUCAGGGCUGCGCUCAAGGAUGCGCGGGCCAACGGCGGCGGAGGGUCCGCCAAACGCGGGAGGGAUGACGACGGGGAAAUGUCGCGCGCGAUGACCGGCGCGCCGCCGCCCGCGGGCGCGAACGACCCCGCGGCGGCGAUCAAAGCCGCGAUGGCGGAGGCAAAGGCGAGGGGCGGCGGCAUCAUCGGCGGGUCCGCGAAGACCCAGGCGGGCGCCAUCACCGCCACGGGGAUGGCCGCGCUCCCGGUCGGUGACACCCCGGACUCCGUGCGCACCGUGGAGGACUCCAUCGCUGCGGCGACGAACGACAUCGAAGCCGCCAGCGACGACGAAGUCCUCCGCGUCCUCGAGUUGUACAAAUCGCAAGAUUUCCUAUCCCUCCUCGGCUUGCCCGGCGUGUGGGUGGACGCGUACGGACAGGCGACGUGGGAUAAGCACCCCGCGAUGUCAACCGGCACGGUCGCGCUCAAGGCUAAGCUCAUGGCGCUGAGACUCGAACCAUCGCGGUGCCACCACCCGCUCGCGUCCGAGGCGUACGAGUGCGCGCUCGACGCCGCUAGGGCGCUGCAGGGGAAGGAUUCCCGAAGGAAGAUCUUGACGCUCGCCGUGCAGAGGCGAAUCGAGGACAUGCGAAAAAAGGGGGAAGGCGACGUGGAGGGCGGGUACGUGAGCAUGACGGGGGUACACUACGCCGCGGGCGCCGCGGCGUCCGCGGUGGCCAACUACAGGGGCGAGGACGAGGGCGCUCACGGCCCCGCGCUCAAUCCCGCCGCGGGCGGCGGCGGCGGCGGCGGCGGGGUCAGGAUCAAGCCGAGCGCCGCGGCGAUGGCGGCGGGGGGCGCGUCGGUGGACGGGACACACGGCGGCGCGGCGUCCGUCGCGUCGGUGCCCGGGGAGAUGCGGCCGCGCGGGGAGGGCGAGGCGCGCGUCAAGGUGGACCUGGGCGGGAUCCGCGACAAGCUCAAGGCUGCGAAGAAGCGACCGAAGUUUAUGUGA